CAGUGGAUAUUAUCUGGAUGGAUGGACCGAGUGAGCAGCUUUUCACCGUGGGACUGGCGCUAAUUUAGACGUCCUGAGCAGCAGGUGUACUGAAGGAUAAAACAGACUACAGGCAAUCUCAGUGUUCAUGAAACUUUGCUACGAUUUACGUGCUGGGGUUGCCGUCCGCCAUGUUAAGGUAAAGCCCAGGUGCGCGGUGUUGACCAUGCUAAAGCGCCUGGACAAGAUCCGCUUCAGAGGCCCCAGGACGAGAGAAGACUUCCCGGAUCUUGCCGAGUCGCCGCCCGCCUCCGACAACGAAUGUAGCGACGAAAUGCAGCUGAAGCCGAGACCAUCUCUGCGAGAGACGGAGGAGAUACUGAGAGACCCUGCUGGUUCGGGGUCUCCCACCAUGGCUGCGGCCAUCCAGGACUUCCAGAGGUCAGAGUCAGACCGACUCAACGAAGUCAAAGGUCACCUGGAAAUUGCCUUAUUGGAGAAACAUUUCCUACAGGAGGAGCUGAGGAAGCUGCGGGAUGAGACCAAUGUGGACUCUCUGCGGCAGGAGCUGGAACGAGAGCGGAUCAAGAGGAUGGACCUCGAGCAGAAAAUGAACGAGGUGCUGAAGACCAGGCUGGAAGACUCUCCACCACAGCCUCCCCGGAAACAGCAGUCCCCCUCCAACAAUGGAACAGCAGAUAAACAGCAGAAAGAGGUGUGGAGUUCACGGCUGCAGAAGUGGGUGUACGAGCGCUUCGGGGUCUACAUCGAGGACUUCCGCUUCCAGCCGGAGGAGAGCACGGUGGAAGCCGAGGAACCACUAAGUGCUAAAAGGUUAACAGAAAAUAUGAGGAGACUCAAGCGAGGAGCCAGACCUGUCACCAACUUCUUGAGGAACCUCUCCGCCUUAUCGAAUUGGCACUCUGUCUACACCUCUGCUAUUGCCUUCAUAAUCUACAUGAAUGCUGCUUGGCAUGGCUGGGCCAUUCCCAUGUUACUCUUCCUGGCUAUCCUGCGCUUGUCCUUAAAUUACCUCAUCGCCAGAGGUUGGAGGAUCCAGUGGAGCAUUGUGCCUGAGGUCUUUGAACCCAUGGAGCCUCCGAAGGAAGACUUGACUGUAUCUGAGAAGUUCCAGCUGGUACUUGACGUCGCACAGAAAGCACAGAACCUGUUUGGGAAAAUGUCCGAUGUUUUGGAGAAGAUAAAGAACCUCUUCAUGUGGGUGCAGCCGGAGAGCACGCGGAAACUUUACAUCUGCCUGUGGGUGGCUUUCAUCACCUCCUGCGUCCUUCCAUACAAACUAAUGGGCUUCAUGAUGGGCUUGUAUGCCGGUAUCAAGUUCUUCAUCAUAGACUUCCUGUUUAAGAGCUGUCCGAAGCUGCGGGACAAGUACGACACGCCGCACAUCGUGUGGAACAGCCUCCCCACAGACCCUCAGCUCAAAGAGAGGACCAACGCCACUGUGUCCCGGCGGCUCUCUGGCAUUGAGAAGGUUCAGCCCGUGGUUUCUCGGAGCAGCCUCGCCACUGUCCCUUGCGGGGUGAGCAGGGAGGAGGAGACAGGGCGCUCCCACAGCACCAAGAAGGGAGCCUUCCACGAGAUCUUCAGCCUGCCGGAGUCAGAGCGCCCUCUGGCGGUGUGUGAGAACGGCUGGAGGUGCUGCCUGAUCAACAGAGACAGGAAGAUGCCCACAGACUACAUCAGGAAUGGAAUGCUCUACGUCACAGAGAAUUACCUGUGCUUUGAGAGCUCCAGCUCCAGGUCCAGCUCCUCCAAGAAGAACAAAGUAAUCAAGCUGGUGGACAUCACUGACAUACAAAAGUACAAAGUGCUGUCAGUCCUACCAGGAAGUGGGAUGGGCAUCUCUAUAGCUACUCCUUCCACUCAGAAGCCAUUGGUGUUUGGUGCCAUGAUCCACCGAGACGAGGCUUUCGAGGCCAUCUUCACCCAGUACAUGAAGAUCAUGACCACCACCAAACCACCGGCCAGCGCAGAGCUCUAGACAGCCGGUAUCCCAGCAACAGACCUCCAUACUGGGGCUAAAGUCUGGAGCAGAGAGCCUCCUGAGAUUCAACUUGAUUGCAACACACUUCUUGAAAAACAAACCCACCACACUCCUCCUCCCUUGGUGGAUUUCCUGCAUCACAUUGGAGGGGACAUGCGAGUGUGUGUGUGUGUGUGUGUGUAGCUGGGAUUAAGUUACAUCACACACUUUUUGAGGGUGUUGGAUAAAAAAAUCCAUGGAGGAGCGAGGAUCGGUGUGGCUGAUCAUCUGCAGAGGGCUUGUGUGGGGGGGGGAGCUGGUUCUCCUCUCCCACCUCAAUGACUGGCUGACUGGAUUCCUGACGUACUUGUUUCCGUGUUUGCAUGUGUGAGUGUGUGCGGGCAGAAAUGAUGGUCUUAAAUUGCGUCAAGUGGCUCUAUUUUUUCUCGUAAGAGUUACUUCUACUGCGGUAGGAAGAUUUCAAGUAGUGCUUGGCACUUGGCUGUCAAACAAAUAUCCUAAAGCAGAUAGAAGAUAAACACGAGGUUCUUUUAACUGCCAGACAUCUGUAGGAGCAAAUAUGAACAUGUUAGCUUUAUAAAUCAGCGCAUAAACAACUACUGAAUAUUUAGAUAACUGGCUGAUCGGUGCCUAGUGGCUUAGCCCGACUAAAGUGUGAGAUGUUUUUUUAAAGGUGUAUUAGCUGUGAAGUUGUCAGACUGACUGACACAGAGCCUUUCUGUUAGUUUACAUUGCUGCUGUCUAAUUUUUUUCCCUAUUUUUUUUUCUAGACACAUUUCAGCAGUGACGUCAUGUUUUAGUCCUCUCUGUCGAAGUAACAGACAAUGUACGCAGCAUCCGCUUCGGUGUUUGUAAGUGUGCGUACGUGAAACGUGUCGUGAUUUUUUUUUAUUCUUUUCAAAAUGCCUUUCUUUUGAAGAAAAUGUCUCUUUGUAACAAACAGCCUUUGGGACUGCUGAUCCUGGAGCUGCUGAUUUGCGUCCAAGACGAGAGCACAACCACUGUUAGACGUUUGAAACACUGACUGCCAUUUAAAUCUCGAUCUAAGCUAAUCCGCUUCUCUUUUCAAGGCACAAUCUGUACAUAUAUAGAGAGAUUUUUGUUUUUCUUCUAUUGAUGGUAUUCUCCUUGCACUUUACUAGAACUUUAACUGGAUAUUUGUUGCAGACUCGACUUUAAAUGCUCAUAAAUUCAGCUGGAAUUCAUGGUCAGUGUUGGCAAAUAGUCUCGAAACUGCCACUUGUGUUAUGUAUUUCUCCAUUUGUCUGACGACUCGAGCCAGCACAUCUCACACCCUGCUGGUCUCAGUUCAGAGUAAAUGAAGUCCGAGCAAUGUUUUAGUACACAGAAAACCUUCAAAGUGACCAUAAAAGAACAAAGAGUGAAAUGAAACCUCUGGAUUAUUUUCCACAAAGUCCUCUAAAACAUUGAGUUAUUUCAGCCUUUUAAUUAUAAAUCAAACCUUAAAUAUCCAUUAUGUCUCCUUCUGAUUCGGUGAUCUCACUUGCAUAAAUACACAGGUGGCCAGGCUGCUUCAGGUCCUAUAAGCAGUUGUAAAAAUGGUGGAUUUCUUUGUGUAAAUCUAUUUUUAAAAUCUAAAAUAACUUUAUUUUUUUUGCUUUUUUUCCCCCACUUGUAUGUUAUGCCACACAUGUAGGGUGCUCUUCCACUUGUUCCAAAUCAUUUCAAUGUCAGCUUUUUUUUUUUUUAAUAUGGAUAAAGGUCGAACAGAAAGUCUCAACGUCACUUUAUUUUAAAGACGCCGUUCGCAAGAAUAAAGCCGGUCUUUACUCUCGCGGAACGGUUUUGAUGUGUAGAAAUACGAUGCCAAACUACAUCAGACACGUCUCUGUGUUUUUGGAGAGGGCUGGAGAUAUGAUGCGGGACUGCAGGUCGUGAUUUCUCUUCAGAGUAGCUAUUCCACUGUACGCCCAGCAGCACAAGCUUUAGUUUCUUAUAUGUAAAUCUUUCAAAAACACUGUUAAAAGGGAGACCUUGACUUUUAUAUUUUUGUUUUAUUCCGGUCAUUUUUACCCACUGGAUACUUCUAAAUCACCCUUUUUCCUCAUAAAAUUAUUAUUUCCUGCACUUACAAUGUCAAGGUUUCUCUUAAAAGUCUAUACAAGUCCUCUUAUCACCAUUAGAAGCAAAUGAGCUGGAUAUGAAGUUGCCUUGCAAGCAAUGGACCAGUUCAUAGAACCACUUUUAUUAUUUUUUAGUUCAAACUAAUUAGAGAUGGGAGUAUAUUCUUUGACAUCCAUCUGUAUGAUUUGGCCUUUUAUGAAGAGGCCGCCUUUCCCAGACAUGGAUUUUUCUAUUUUUGUUGAGGAAUAAAUUGGAUCCAUGAGCAGGGGGAUAUUAGAGCAGGUGAACGCUGUCUCACUGUGUGAUUUGAUGGCUCGUUGUAGUCUCUAAAGCUUUUACCUGACGCCUUUUGUAAUCUGUAAACUCUGAUAGCAGCUGUAGGGGCCACCCCCACAAGGCUGCGAUCAGGAAAGCACAGAAUGUAUCACGUUAAAUGUAAAAAUAUAUAUUUUUCUUUUGCCAAAUCUUUCAUUUUCUGUCUGCCAUAUUCUGCCUAAGCUCUUGUUUACAGAAUUUGUUUCUUUUUCGUAACCCAGUUUGAAUUCCUUUGACUCCGGAGUUAUGAAGACUGGACUGCUGUUCUUGAAUAAAUGUCUCUGCUCUCAUUGGCUCCUCCACCAGUCACAUGACUAUUUCUGCUCACCUUUUAACCAACAGAAAAACACAAAUCAUUGCGUCAACAAAAGCAGUAUUUUAAAACCUCCAAGUGUGUAAUUUGUCGUAUCUAGCAUCACAGUACUUAUUAACAGUGAAGUGGACGUUUUAUUCGUUCUUGCUAUUAAGUGCGUUGUUCGCUUUAUUGUCAGAAUGAAUGAAAUUCAGAAGUCGGAUUCUUUAAAAUUACAAUCGGAGGAUGAAACGCUUUUUAUGUCACACAUGCGCACAGUGAAUUUUGACCUCGGAAUUUAACCCAUCCUGUUACUAGCAGCUAUUGUACAGUGCGCGCGGGGAGCAAUGUGGGGGUUGUGGGUUUCCGGUGCCUUGCUCAAGGGCACCACGGCAGGGCGACCUGGGACCUCUCCAAGUACCAGUCCACGCCCCUGUUUAUUUUAGGUCUGUUCGAGAGCUUGAACCGGUGAGCCUAAGAUUCCCAGUCCAAGCCCUUACUGUCUAAGCAACUGCCGGACCAAAACAUCAAACAGUUUUACGUCACCAUAAAGUCACUGCCGUGCCUCAAUUGUAUUCGUGCUAAUGUCUUAACAUUGGUUACAAUUUUAGUGGAAGUGGAACAGGCUUCGUUCAGAGCAGAGAUGGUCAUGGUGGACUGAAACGGCAACCCCAAUGUUUCUGACAAACAGUUCGUCCAUUGUGAGCGCAUGCGCCUUCUGAAGAGUGCAGAGAAAUAUAAUAAAAGUAAUACCAUUUUUAAAUUAAAUCAAUCGGUGCAUAUAACUAUAAGGAGAAAAGUCAUCAGCUUAUUUUAAACACGAUGCAACGUUUUGGGAAAUUGUAUAGCUAAUGCUAGCAGCCGGUUAGCUUAGCAACUAUUGCUAGAUGUUUCCAGUCUUAAUGCUGGCUGUAGCUUAACAUGGAAAUGUGUUAGUUGCUUCUUCAGUUGGAAUAUUCUAGUCAAUUUAUUUUAUUACUUGUUUUUAUCCAAGCUAAAUAAGGGCAGGUUUAAUUGAAUUUCAACACAUGGGUCAGAACCCUUAGCUACUGUGGUCACUUUAGAAAUUGAAACCAUCAUUAUUUAAAUUUGAACCAAUGAGAGCAUAAAAAAAUAUCUACGUAUUCCAUAAUAUUCCCAAUUUAUUAGCUGUAAUCAAACCUGUCUAAAAACACUGUUCAACUUGGGGUGGUUCAUGGGAAAUGGUGUUUAUUAAAGGCCACUAAAAGCAGCACAUGUACAACAAAGAACAAUAUUAAUGUGUGGUCGGACCCAAAGCAGAUUCUCACCUUAAUACUUACGUGAUUGUUUUUGAGACAUUCAGUUUUUUUAAUAAGCUUUUAACCAGUUCAUCUUUAUGAAUGGUCUGCAGCUCUUUCAGUCACCAGUAAACAGAAGAUGUGUUGAUCAAAAUGAGUCUGUAUAUUAGCUUACAAAUAAUAGAAAGCUUAGAAUGUCUCCGAAAUUGUAAAUUUCAAAUAUGAUUCGGUGUUUCCCUGCUGUAAUUAGAAGUUGUCAAAAACAGUGGCGUUGUCCUCUAAAUGUUCCCCUGCGUUGAAGCUGCUGUCUUCGCUGUUGUGUUAAUGAUAUCUCCUUUAACUGUGCUGCUGUAGAUAAAGGGUUUUUUAAAAGCAUUUUAAUCAUCAAGACCGAGUACAGCACCAACUGUACCAGAGACACAUUGACAUCAUUUAUUUAUUUAUAGCAUUUAAAAAUAAAUCCUGUCCAGUCCUGUUUUAUGGACCGUCAUUAAACUCGGUACAGUCAGUCAAUGGAGAAACACUGCAGUUAUUACAGCGUGUUAUUAGUGUCAUCUGUGACUUCCUCUUUUUCUCCUUCUUUUUGUCAGAGGAAUUUGUAUACAAAUGAUUAAAAUGUACAGUGAAUAAAACAAAAAACACUGAGUUUUUAAGAUACAUGUCUAUUGUAAAGGAUAAUGUGAUGUACAUUUUUUAAUUUAAGUAAAUUAAUUUAAGGUA